CUGGACCACAACUGAAUGGAAGAGAUGUAAGUGCUCUGGCUCAAUGAUGCCUGGUGGGUGUGAGUCAGAGAUCAUAGCAGAGUGAGUGACUCAGCUACAAUGGAUUUGAUUUCCGGGAAUACCCCUUGAAUCUCACCAAAACGCCCACACCGUCUGCUGCAUGUGGAAAAACCUAGGAUGGAAGACUCACAAAGCCGAGCUCCAACUCACAGGAACAACAUUCUCCGCCUCCACCAUCACCUACUCCAUCACAUCUUCCCCAACGCCACACCCAGGACCUGACAGAGACCCCUCCCAGAAGAGAGGGUUGGUGCGAACGCCGCAUGAUGUUUGUGAAUUUCCGCCGGAUACGCAAGUGCCAAUGUGUGCAGCUGAUGACCACGUGUCUGGUGCUGUCAGUGGUGAUGCUUUUCUGGGAGCAGCUAGACAACAACAGGGUGGUCACCCACGUCAAGUCCUACUCCUAUCGCUACCUGGUCAACAGCUUCACCUUCAUCAAUAAGAGCUUCAUCAUACCGCGCGAGGAGGCAAGGAGCUUCAGCAACUUCCAUUACCUGUUGGACCACCCGGACAAGUGUGCAAACCAGGAUGUCCUCCUUCUGCUCUUUGUCAAAACAUCCCCAGAGAACACUGAGAGGCGUAAGGCCAUCAGAUCCACUUGGGGUAAUGAGACCUAUAUUCAGAACACCCUCAGCGUAACGGUCAAGGUGGUUUUUGCCUUAGGGGCACCUCAUGCCAAGCCAGCAGAGGAGGAGCACUUACAGAAGGAACUGUUCCUUGAGGAUCGCCUCCAUGGUGAUUUGAUCCAGCAGGACUUUACAGAUUCCUUUCACAACCUGACCCUGAAGUUGAUACUGCAGUUUCACUGGGCGCACAACCGCUGUGCCCAUGCCCACUUUCUCAUGACUGCUGAUGAUGAUAUUUUUGUCCACAUGCCUAACCUGGUGAGCUACCUACAGGAUGUUGCCCGGAGAGGUGUCACAGACUUUUGGAUCGGUCGUGUGCAUAGAGGGGCGCCGCCCAUCCGACGCAAGGAUAGCAAGUACUUUGUGCCCUACGAAAUGUACUCAUGGUCAUCCUACCCUGACUACACAGCCGGGGCUGGGUAUGUGGUCUCCAGGGACGUGGUAGACAAAAUCUAUCAGGCCACUUUGGCACUUAAUGCAUCAAUCUACAUAGACGAUGUGUUCAUGGGCAUCUGUGCCAAUGCCAUGCGUGUCUCACCCCAGGAUCAUGUCUUCUUCUCAGGGGAGGGCAAGGCACCCUACCAUCCUUGCAUCUAUGACCAAAUGAUGACCUCCCAUGGUCACAUAGAAGAUAUAUAUGAUCUCUGGAGGGAGGCGACACAUCCACAGGUUAAGCAAAGGACCUCUGGACUCAUAGGGAGGCUGUAUUGCACAGCAGUGAAACUGACUCUUCUUUGUAAACCUUACUAUUUCAAUACAUACCCUUGCAAGGCAGCAUUUUUGUAGUAUUGUUUGAGAUUGUGCAUGUGUGUAUACCAUGUGCAUGUGUAUGUGUCUGUACUGUCUCAAAGAGAGAGAGGGAGAGAGAAUCUAAGUCCGCAGUCUGAGUUGGAAUCAUUACUGUGACCAUUACCUCAGUGCUUUUAAUUGGACCCCCCCCCCCUCCCAUAGACUGAUAGGCCGGCGUCUGCUGUAUGUUCAUUGUUGCUGGAGGGACAGAGACAAGAGGAAUCAUUUCUGUUACUGUAAAUGGGAUAUUACGGAGGGCAGGCCAUAACCACACAUACACUUGGCUGCUUGGUGAUGUACUUAAACUGGCCUCCUGGGAACAUGAGAGAUUGAAUGUGACAAAACAACCAAAUGGGUCCUAAAGAGAUGUUGUCCAGAUCUUGCAUUGAUAAAGGAGUCUCUCUUUAUAUUCAUAGUUCCUCCACUUAAAGUAACUGGGAGAGUAUAUUUCUUUGGCCUUUUCAUUUCUCCACGGCUGUGGUUCCAAAACGGGGUACCUUUUGUCAAAUUGUAGCUUACACUCCGAGGAAACAUCUUUACGCAAGGUCGACGGCUCUGGCUGAAAUUUGCUUCUUGACUCAGCCCCAGUGGAAACAAUACAACACAGGGAGCAAACAAACAACUCAACAUUUAUUGUAAACUUUAAUGGAUCCCAAGAAGCUCCAUGCCUCUAAGAUGUUGUCACAGGAUUUACAGCAUGUUGGUGUGUGCCUUAUGUGGGAAUCACUAUCAUUCACACUGUCUGAGUGGAUGCAUAAGAAGCACAGCAGAUCUGCAAAGAAUCAUCAUCAUUUAAAACUUGGUGCCAUUUCCUUUCUCAUUUUUGACCACAUCCGACUCCGGGUAAUGACCCCUUUCAUCAUAAUGCAAUGGAGAUAGACACAUAUGGAGUAAAAGGUAUUAAAGUGACUCAGUUUGUGAGUGGUGCCAAUUCGCAACAGCUACAAGCUUCAAACGCUGAUUCUUGUGUGUAACAACAGCUUGCUGAGCAUUGAAUGAGUGGGUGAGAGUGCUGCAAUUUACUACUGACAAUGACUAUAUGCAAGAAUAAAGCUUAU